AUGGGAGACGCAGGGGAGCUCGACAGCUCGUACAUACUGAUAGAGAGCAGAAGCCUCGGGGCAGAGAAGGAGAAGGGCCUGCAGAGGAGCAGGGGAGGUGAAGGGGCGCAGGAAGGCGCGGCGGAGAGAGAAGAGAGCGGCGCAGAGAACAGCGCCGCGGAAGUGGAGGAAGGGAAGAGAAGGACAGGACAUAGUGGACACAGCAGGCGUAUUGAGGACAGCAGAAGUGGAGAGAUGGAUGGCGGGCGUGUAUAUAGCUGCAGCUCGGCAGGGUCUGCUGGAGGAAAUAGUGCUGAAAGAGCAGAGGAGUGCAGCGUAAAAAGCGUCAUUAGGAGCAUAGAUGAUAACGGCGGAAAUGGAGAAGUAGAUAAAAAUUACAGUGAUGGCAGCGUGUCUGCUGCGGGCACAGAAGAUGCCUCUUCCUCUGCGAUGAGAAAAAGAAAGUACACGAGAGACGAUAAGUUCAUCAACAUUCUCACGCCCAAAAAGGACAGGGCAAACGUCUUUUUGACUCCCGUUAAAAGAACCAGGCGCUCGGUGAUAAACGGGCUGAAGAGCGGCACAAUAAAGGUGUUUGACAACUCAGUGGAGGUGAGGAGCAACAACACGCCGUAUGCCUCCCUGGUGGAGUGCUUUAGGCGCCUGGAGAAGGCUGAAAGGCAGGAAAGAAGAGAGAGCAUUGAUAGAAUAGUGAAGAAGUAUUCAAGCGAUAACACCGCGUAA